AUGAAUCAAUCAGAAUUUAUUCAACAAGUUUGUAAAUAUGGUCAUGAAUCUGAUUCAAGUAAUUGUAAUCGUUAUUCUCAUCCAACAUCAAUUUUAGUAAUUCAAUUAUUUAAGACUACAACAACAAGUCGAAAACAGUCUUCAUAUUAUUACAACUGUGUUGGUAUACAAGUAGUUGAUUCUAAUUAUCCAUUAGUUAAUGGUUUUCUAUCUGCAUCGAAACAUGCUCAACCUCAAUGA